UCUUUAACUUUAGCCAUUGUAUAUUUUAGGAAUUUUUGUAGAAUCAACGCCUGUGCACGUAGUGUCACAAAGAAGGCAUUCGAAUUUUGAAUAGGAAUCUUUAUUCGACAAAUAGGUUGAUGCACAGGUACAAGUACAACAUCAUUACUUCAAAAAAGUGACAAUGAAUGAACGUUGUACUUAUCGAAUUGACAAAAAGAUGUACAACAAUGCAGUGGAUAUACAGUUGCACUGUGAUUUAAUUGAUGCAUUAAAACAUGUCGCAUGUGGUUCAUUAACACAAGGAUCACUGACAUCGAAACAGUGAUGGGCGUUGAGACCAUGUUACGUUUAGUUUAAAUUCACGGUUGACUUUAAAAUAAUAGAUCUUAUUGCGCAAUUUCUUCAUUUAUGCAGGAGACCAAUUGAACUCGAAGGUUGGUAGCGGUAAGUUAAGACGUAUGUAUAUAAAUGACAAGCUGUCAGAGUUCCGGGAAUCAUUUUAGGCGCAGUAUACUGAAGGAGGGGAGCAAUUUUUGAUAUCUGUAAAUUUUUACAUUUCUCAAAGCUGGAUCGAAAUGCUUGAAAAAAUCAGGAUCAUGACAUUUGUUGCCAUUUUUUCAAUGCUGUUUACUGGACAUGAUGUACAAGCAGGAUACCUCCUCAGUGGAUACGGUGGAGGGCACUCUCGGAGUGUUUACGGUGGGGGCCAUGGUGGGGGUGGAUACAGUGGUGGUCUUAUUGGGGGUGGAUACGGUGGGGGACAUGGUGGGGGUGGCCAUGGGGGUGGAUACAGUGGGGGUCUUAUUUACGGUGGGGGACAUGGUGGGGGUGGCCAUGGAGGAGGCGGAUAUGGUGGGGGUGGACAUUGCCCCUGUGGAUAAAAAUUGGAUUCAGUAUCAACAACUUCCCUGUUCUUAGAAUAUCGAGUAAUAAUAUUAUUGGACACUCUAAGGUAUUAUUUAAAACGCCAAUGGUUAUAUUUUGAGUUUACAAUUGAAAGUUAACAAAUUGCUGAUAACUGUAAAAUGAAUAAUAUAACAAUUUCAACGAAAUGUAACAUAAAUAACGGGUCCGAAUUUAGAAACUUUGAUUUUUUCUGAUAAUUAAAGGGUAGUCUUGUUUCGA